GGCUGGGUCCUCCGGGUCUGUGCUGCUGUUUUCGGUCGAUGGCUUUCCUCAGUAGGUUUAGCCGAUGACUCUCUUCACUCUGGGCGGGUUUUUCUGUCCAUCUGCGCUUCGUUUUGUCGGAUAAUCGCAGUUUUGCGCCCUCUGCGCCCCGAUGGACGCGAACAGCGGCGCGGAUGGAGAGUUUAGAGCCGUUUUAAGGCGGAACUGCGGCGGGAAUCCGGACCUUCUGAGGAGGCUGUGUUAGCGCGGAUGCUAACUCGGACGAUGAUGACGCCCACAAAGAUGAAACUGCGCGUGAGGAAGAAGGAGAGUGGGGCGAAGUCCUCGCGGCGCCUCCUGGCUGAGACGUCGCCAGACUCCAAGUGUCCAAUUUGCCUGGACCGCUUCAACAACGUGGCGUCCCUGGAUCGCUGCCUGCACCGCUUCUGCUUCCGCUGCAUCCACGAAUGGUCCAAAAACAAAGCUGAGUGUCCUCUGUGCAAGCAGCCGUUUCGCUCCAUAUUCCACUCCGUCAAGGCGGAGAAUGACUUUAAAGAGUUCGUGCUGGCGCCUGUAGAGAAUGGACCAGCAGCGGCAGCUGCUCCCCCUGCUGCCCAGAUAGACAUUGGCGCUCCCCCUGACCGAGUUCGUCGCCCGAGGGCGCCGCGGGGCGGGGAGAGGAGAAGUCGGAGGCACCAAAACCCAGCCACUACUGCCUCCUCGCUGGACCUGAGGUUGGAGAAUUUGACAGAGGGGAUGGAAGAGACAGUGGGCCGAGAGCAAGGUGUCCACCACAUGAUGCUUCGAUUGACGGAGCGCCGGCGCUCACGAGGUGAAGAGCGCAGCCUCCGACGGCUACGGGACCAGGAUGUUGUGGCAUUCCGGCGGGCGCUGUACCGGACAGGCGUACGGGUACGCAGUGGCGGCUGGGACAGUGGCAGGCAGCGGGACGUCUCAGCAGCCCACCUGCGGCGCAACCCAGCCUGCCUGCGGCGGCUGCUGCCGUGGCUCCAGCGGGAACUGACGGUACUGUACGGUUCCCACGGCUCACUGGUCAGCAUCGUUCAGCACAUCAUCAUGUCCCGCAUCACGCACUAUGACAUGGACGAUGCUGCCAUUCGAGAUGAGCUUCGCCCCUUCCUACUGGCGCGCACUGACCACUUCCUGCAUGAGUUGGUCAGCUUUGCACGCUCCACGCUCUCCAUUGAGGCUUACGACCAGCAGGCUGUCUAUGAGUGCCCAGCCCCCAGCUACGAGGAGGACAGUGGCUCUGACUCGUCCAUCAUAGCCAUCUCAGAGGAUGAUGAUGACAGUGAGGAAGCAGACAUCACCGAGGCCACUGAGGAGCGUGUUCCACCUGUUCCCAUGGCAACAGGUGGUGAGAGUUCACUCAGCCAGUCUGGCUGGGACGAUGAGACUCCUGGCCCUUCCUAUUCCACCCUCUUCCCGUCUCCCAGCCAGUCGCAGGCAGAGGGGGCAGAGCCUGCUUGUGAUGUGGUUCAGGCAGAUGAGGUGGGCCGUGCCAGUGGAACAGCUGGCCCUCAUGAAGAUGAGGAGGAGGAGUGUAUGAUUGUGGGUUAUGUGAAGCCAAUGGCUGAGCGGACUCCGGAGCUUGUGCAGCUCUCCUCCGACUCCUCAGAGGAGGAGCAAGAGGCAGUUGCCACGGAGAUGGCAACAGCUGCCACGGUACCAAAGGCGGAAGCCUCGUCAUCCCAGGCGCAGGCUCCACUGUCCCCUGAGUCAUAUCAGAGACCCCUAAGCCCCUCCUCCUGCCCAUACCCAUCUGCCUCACGCAGUCCAGGUUUAAACACUGACAGGGUGAGUCCACAGAAUGCAAACUCACGCCAAUCACACAGCGGAGAGAGAGACGCUGAGAGACACUCCAGUCUCGGAAGAAAAGAAGAAACUCCACACCGUUGCUUCAGAGAUCGUUCACGGUCAUGCAGCGAUAGUUCAGUGCUAAGUGGGAGUUCUGGACACAGCCGAUCCUGCAGACGCUCUGGUUCUUGCUCCAGGCGUCAGGAGCGAUCGACCCAUCGAGAGUUACGGAGGUGGAGUUGCCAGUCAUCAGGGCUGAGUCCCACUGUUUCAGUUGCAAGUGACAGCUCUGACUCCUCUAGGUCUCCCAGCUGGGAACGGCCACGAUCCAGAGACAGGCAGUGUCCUGACAAGUGCGAUGAGGAACAGGAGCACCCUCGUUCCGUUUCUGCAAGAGAGAGGUCACCCCAAUCUUCCAUCUGUUGGGAUUCGCCUGUCCAUGGAAGUGAGCGAAAGAAAGCUAGAAAGAGGAGGAGGCAAGAGAAAGAGAGAGAAAGAAGUCGAUCUCCUCUUCGAGACUAUUCAGCUUCUCAUGGCGGCUGUCGUGAUUCACGCCACCGCCAUGGCCGUCGUGAGCACCGCCUCCGAGUAGCUAGCCACUCCAGCAGCCGCAGUAGCAGCAGCAGUGAGGACUCUCAGCCGGACCGGCCAUGCCCAGAGAAACCUGCUGGCAAGCGUAAGUACAAAACUCGCCACCUGGAAAGAGCGGCCCAGCGCCAGAGCAGCCGGAGGUCCAGCAGGGACAGGGAGCGCCGGGAAGCACGCAGCAGCCCAGCCAAGAGGCGCCACAGAGGGGAUCGUGAACGCAGCCGGAGCCCUAGUGUUGAGAUCAUCUUUGAGAGGCGGGCCUCUGACCCGCCCUCCCACACGCACCGCUGGAAGAGAAAAAGACACAAGAAGAGGAGUCGGAGAGAAGCAAGACCUCAUAACUCGCCCACUGUUAUCACUAUAGAAAGCGACAGUGACACCAAUGACUAUCAGGACUGUGUUACUGAAGUUACCAACAGAACCACUGACUGUCAGCAACAUGAGGUUACCAACAGCAAAAUUCAAUAUCAGGGCCGUGUUAUCAAAGCUACAAUCUGCAAGACUGAUGAUCAGCACUGCACAGACGUUAACAACAGAACCACUGAGGAUCAGCACCUUGUUACCAAGGUUACCAACGGCACCACUGAUGAUCAGCACUGUGUUACCAAGAUCACCAGCAGCACCACUGAUGAUCAGCACAGUGUUACCAACAGCACCAGUGAUGCACAGCAUCAUGUUACCAAGAUUACUGACGGCAAAACGGACGAUCAGUGCCGUGCAACUGUGGUUGUAGACAAAACCACUGACCCUCAACACAGUAUUACAAAGGUUACUGAAAGCAAAACUGAUGAUCAUUGUUCUGCUACUGAGGUUCCCAAGAGUCAGCGCAAUCAGUACCAUGUUAACAAAGUUACGGAUAACUGUCACAGGUCUGUGGUGGAUGUUACUGAUUAUGCAGUCGAUUGUCAGGACAGUGUUGUCAAAAGUAGGGACCCUGUACCUGAGACACCGAACAACAAGAUUGGUGCAAGUUUGUCUUUGAGUACUGCUCUUCCCUGUUCAUCUCUAGAGUCGUACAGCCCUAUGACUCCCACCGAGCGCCUCUUGGACUCUGUGGACUGUGCGUUGAACUUGGAGAUGUGUGUGGUGGAUGUGGUGGACCGAGAAUCUUUCAACCAUUCACAGCAAAGCACAGACCCAGAACAGCCUGAAAGAGUCAAUGACCUCAGCCAGGAUGCUUCCUUGACUUCAACAACUCCACCCUCGGACACACAUCUGCUGGAGUCCAUUCUGCAGGAGCUGGAGGAUAUACUGCCCGAAGAGGGGCAAGGGGCAGAACCUAUACAGGAUUCUGCUGCCACAGACAAUGGGGUUGACCAACUGGAGGACAGGAUUGUGCCUCCCAGGGACCAGUCAGACACAGAGAGGGAAAGAACAGGCAACACUGAAACUAGUGACUCACAGAAAGGUGUGGUAACCAGUCCUGCUGUCUAGAUCUACAAAUACAGGAGCUUUCACAUAAAAGGCUCUGCUGACGUUCAUUCAUAAACAAGCCUGUUCUGUCUCUUCUUUGUAAUAGUUUGUCUUUUCUUAUUUAGGGCUUUAUAAAUGAAUCUUCUCAUCCGUGGUCUGAGUAAGCAGGCCAGCAUAAGGAAAGAAAACAUGGAAUCAUUUAUUAUUGUUAUUAAUGUAGUAUUUAUAGUACCUGUGAUUACAAUGGACACAACCUCUGCCUCAGACCUGGUGCUGACCUGCUGUGCCAUAAAACGCUUGUGCGCCCACAUCCACACUACACAAUACACACCCUGCUAGACCCCCGUUCUCGACUGAAAGUGUUGUCUGUCUUUAACUCAGGGAACAUGUGGCAAGUGUCCACUUCCUUAAUAACCAUCAUGCCUCUUGCACAGUGUGGAUGAUCACACUUGCGUGCUUUUUUCAUACCUGUCGCCAAACUUGAGCGCCUACUCUAGAAUGCUGAUUCACUGUAAGUGAUCACACCCGCACGGUCUCUGCUUGGUUCUAGACCGGGGAAACAGACAAAGAUGUUCUUUCUGCUGCCCCUUCCAUAACAAGCAGAGAAAUAAAUGUUGCAUAUGCAAAAAAAUAAAUAAAUAAAAGCUGGUUUUUAACUCUUGA